AUGCAUUAUACCCGCAGCCUAUUCGCCACUCUCACCGCUUUUGUUGUUGGCGCGCUCGGCGAAAGCGGCACCCCAAUCACUGCCAAGGACAUGUUUUUUAUUCUCCUUCAGCGACCUUUUUCUCCGCCGGUGGCGAAGUCGGCAGUUGUGGCACGGUUAUUCAAGACAGCGACUUUGUCGUCGCGCUCCCAUCCGCGCAGUUCGACAUGUCGCUCUGUGGCAGCGAGAUUACCGUUACCCACUAACAUCCUCGCAGAUGCGGGGAACACCAUUGCGGCCGUCAUCGCAGAGCAGUGUCCUGCUUGCAGUGGGAACAACAUUGAUUUGACCACUGGGGCCUUCGAGACACUGGCUCCGCUCAGCGAAGGUCUUAUCGACGUAACCUAUACUUUUUAA